AUGCGGAAUCACAAGAGCGCGAGCUCUAUAGGUGGGUCCAGCAGUAAUCGCAGCCGUCUCCGCGCCAGUAACAGCAAGGAGACCAGCAACAACAGCAACCGAGCCUACCCCCUCAACUCGCUACCGCUACCGCCUCAACUCGCCGCAGAGUUGCAACAGCCCCCCUCCGACCACGAUGAGUGCGAGCCGAUGCUCCUCAGCUCCUCGUCGUCCUCUGUCGUCACCACCUCGGCGGCGGCGGCGGCGGGCAACGGCGCAUACGAGGCGACGACCCUCUACUCGGACUACCCGCUCGACAAGGAGCAGCGCUGGCGGGAAGAUCGGGAACGGCCGUCGGUACAUAUCGUGGGUCCGCUGCCCCACCAGUGCGCCGGACACGAGACCGUGUUUCGCACCACCGACGGCAAGAUUUGCAAGCCGCUGGACGAGACCGAGUUCUGGUUCUACAAGAUCUGCCUCCGCGAGUUCCCGCGCUACAAGCCCUUCGUGCCGGCCUGGCACGGCUGCGUGCUCCUCUCCCGCAAAAAGCUCCUCCUCCUCAUCAACUCCCUCGCCGACGACGACGACGACGACUCUUCCUCCUCCUCGAGCGGCGACGACGAGCCCAUGGAGCUUCAGGCAGGCGGCGGCGUCUUCGACCACCACCACCACCACCACCACCUGGUCGACACCCUCCGCCCACCGGUGCCUCGCGUCGGCUCGCCCGCCUCCCCCGGCACUUGGAGCCUCCUGCUCUCCGAGGAGUUCCGCCUCAAGCUCGAACUCGAUGACAUGCCCUCGUCGGCCCCUUCCCGGAGUGGCCCACGCAUCUAUCCCUACAUCGUUUUGGAAGACCUCACCGCGGGCUACGACUUCCCCUGCACUCUUGACAUCAAGAUGGGCACGAAGGAUCUGCACCACCAGAUCAGCACCUCCACUACGCUGGGCCUUCGCAUCAUGGGGAUGCAGGUGUAUGAGCCGGCCGCGCACACCUAUCGCCAAUUCGACAAGAUCCAGGGAAGGCAGCUGGUCAACGAGACGGUGCCGUACCAGCUGGCACAGUUUGUCACGCAGACGAUAGACGGCGUGCCGGUGCUACGGUGUGAAGUGCUUCGAGUGUUUAUCGAGAAGCUCAAGGCCCUGCUGGCCGUCCUGCGUCAGGAGACCACCGUCCAGAUCCAGAACAGCUCCAUACUGCUCAUCUACGAAGGUCGGGUGCGCCCCUCGGGCGCGAUGCUCCCAGCCAAGGCCGACGUGCGGAUGAUCGACUUCCAGCACGUCCAACUCUCCAGCCCCAACCCCGAACUGCGCUCCCCCACCGUGCUCUCCCCUCCUACAACCCGCCGCAGGCGAGGCUCCGUCUCCUCUUCCUCCUCGUCCUCGUCAGCGGCAUCGUCAUCGUCCUCCUCCGGCGACGAAGACAGCAUCGGCGACGACUCCGAGGAUGGGGUUGGCGGCUCUCGGCCCGAGUCCGACGCGGAGGGUCUCGUGUGGGGCUUCUCCAACCUCAUCUCGCUCCUCGAGGCCGCUCUCUCUCGCGCCUCGUCCUCCUAA